AUGGACACGGACGGUGAUAAUCAGUUCCAUGGCUCCCAGCAAAGCAACUACCCACUAGUCAUGCGCACUGCCAUCCUCUGUCUCUCCGGCGUCAUCAUCCUUGUGGCCCUCCUCCACCUCUACGCUCACUGUCUGGCGAGGCGCUUCGUCGGCACGGAUCUGAGCGGCGAGCCCGGCGUCGCCAUCAUCGUUGGCUCAGGCCCCGAGCAGUACCCCAAGCACAGCCUCGGCGCGUCGAUGGUGGCGGCCCUCCCUCUCUUCUCCUACCAGCAGAGGAAGCCCGACUGCUCAGAGCGGCGGGAGUGCGCCGUCUGCCUCUGCUCCUUCGAGGAGGGCGAAAUGGCGAGGCUGCUUCCCAACUGCCUCCACUUCUUCCAUGUUGAGUGCAUCGACAUGUGGUUGUACUCUCACUCUACGUGCCCCGUUUGCAGGUCCGCCGCCGAGCCCACCGCUGAGCUUAAAGGUAAUCGGUUCGAGCCCAUCGGCUCAUCCAGUCUAAGUGCCGUAGAUCAUGGUCACCUGCAGCUCUUCCCAUGGAAAUCCUCUGUGUAA